AUGGCACGCAGCGUUAAGCAGUUGACCAGUCGUACCACGUUGGAAGAUGCUAGUACCACGCCUCCUCAAGAGCAUGUGGCAGAAUCAGAUGCUCAACCAAAGAGGGCAAACCCUAUCGAACUGUUCGACCGGCGAGGACGACCCUCCCCGAGGCUGUAUAACGAACAGGCCAAAGACCCUUGGAUCGUGGCGCUGCGAGCGUACCUAGAUGAUGGCGCGAUACCGAUCGAUACGCAUCUCCUCAAACUCGUUACGCGGAACGCUCAACAGUACACGAUCAGGCAAGGAAUCGUAUGUCGCUACGUUACUCACGAGACGCCAUUGCGGAACCCCGAACUCCUCGUGUUUGCUGGGCACAUUGGAUUCACUAAGAGGCGUGAGCGAAUUCGCCGAACCGACUACUGGUUGGACUGGCAGCAGGAUUGGCGAAAUGCAACGCAUGCCGGUCUAUUCCCUCAAAACAUCGAUUGGAAAAACUACCGCGAGGGUGUGAUCACGCAUUGCCCUGGGUCGAGCUCAGACCACGCCGUCGUCGCCGUGGGCUAUGACGAGAAGUCGUACAAGCUCCGCAACUCGUGGGGCGACACAUGGGGCGAACGCGGCUACAUCCGGCUCCAGCGCGGUGUGGGGGGCAGAGGCAUGUGCAACGUCGCCGAAAACAUCGUGUACCCCAAGAUCAAUCGUACCCCGGCGCCUCCUCGUCCUGCUCAGUGCGGCAGUUGCACUGGGUGCUUCUAUCCCUUCACGAGAGAGUGUUUGUCCCACGGCAAGGACUACUGCGACAGCAACAGUGCUUCGUAUGGCAUGAUUUGGUGUGGUGCCAAGCCAUCUUCGAUCACUGCCACCGAGUCGACGGCAACCAUGCGUACGGGUACCCCGUAUCCGACUACCACCAAGGCCUCGCGUACCACGACCGAGCCUAAACUUUCCGCCUAGUCGAUUCUUUUGCAACCGAGCCAACUCGGACAUUGCUCCAUGUCGCCAAUAUGAAAUACACUGGAAUCGACGUCGUCGAUGGGGUCUGGAUUCCACCAUGUAUGGCAUGCAUAACAAAGAUUCGUUUGUACGAUUUC